UAUUCAUCACUUUGAAGUCAUUAAAUUUAUUUCUCCACUUAGUAAAAUGCCUGUGUAGUGAAGGGGCAGAAGGAAGUACUGUGGCUUGUGCUGUUUUUUUUUUAACAGGAAAAUGAGAUUAAAAUAACGUUUCUCAUAUUUAUCUCGGGUAUCAAAAUUGAUUGGGCAUCUCUUGGCUCAGUUCUAAAUUGGGAGCUCAAGACAUGCCUAAAUUUUUCACAGGAAGCAGGACGUUUCUUCUCUGACCAGAAAUGAGUGAAUCACACAAUUAUAAAUUUAAACUCAGAAAUCAUGCUACUUCUAUACCAGGACAAAAGAAAAGACCUACAUUGAUCACAAACACAUCUGGGGAAAACCCAUCUCCAUUUUUUCUUGCCCGGUCCAUUGCUCUAGCUAUGGGAAUCCAUUUCAUUGUGAUGGUGACCAUAUGCAGUGCCAUAAUCAUAAACUCUACACAAAACCUUCUAAUGAUUAUGAUUACUUUAAUAGCAUUAUUCAAUCAAGCAGCUCCAAUUUCUUUGAAUGAAACUUACUGUGGCCCAUGUCCUCAAAACUGGAUAUGUCAUAGAAACAACUGCUACCAAUUUUUUAGUGAGGGAAAAAGCUGGCUUCAGAGCCAAGCUUCUUGUAUGUCCCAAAAUUCCAGUCUCCUGAAGAUAUAUAGCAAAGAAGAACAGGACUUCCUUAAACUGGUGAAGUCCUAUCAUUGGAUGGGACUUGUACAAAAUCCAGCAGAUGGAUCCUGGCAGUGGGAAGAUGGCUCCAUUCUCUCUCCCAGUCAACUAACCUUGGUUGAAAUGGAGAAUGGAACCUGUGCGGUUUACGGCUCCAAUUUUAAAGGUUACACAGAAGACUGUUUGACUCCAAACACAUACAUCUGCAUGCAGAGGAUUGUGUGAAGACUUUAUUGCUUAUAAAAUAUAAAGGAUUCAAAGGCAAAAAGGCCAUUCUCUGAGUGUUCACCAUGAAGAAAACAUCCAGAAGAAAAUUUCACCAAUAUUGACUUAUUUUUCUCACCUGACAUGCCACAAACCCUGAUCAGCUGCGAACAAAGGCUAAGCCCUUUGUUUCCAAGGGCUUAGCCCACGAUUUCCAAACUCACAUUUUCCAUAUUUGUGAAGAAGCUCAUUCUCUCCAGGUCACAUAUAUUCUCUGCCUCCUGUGGGUCAUAUGUUAUUCUAAUAAAACAGAGAAAAGACUCCA